GUUAACUGUGUGCCUAACAAUGUGUAACACGCAGGGGCGGACUGACCAUUUGGAAACUUGGGCACUGCCCGAGGGCCCGGGGUCAGUAGGGGGCCCCAUGAGAUGCCCCUGGUACCUUUUUCAUGGGCUUUUUUGAGUUUGGGCAAGGACACAGGGGCCCCAUGAUGCCCUAUUGCCCGGGGGCCCAUGAGUUGUCAGUCCGCCCCUGUCACAGGUCUGGCUGCUUUUUCUCCCUGCUUUUCAGGGAGAAGAAACAG